AUGACUGUGGCUACAGUCUGUCCAAUUUUACACAAUAUCGAUAGCCUUGUUGCGUUUCUUAAGAAAGGAGGACGAUUGGAAUCUGAUCAUAGCGACAUAGGAUUGACAGAGAGGACAAAAAGGCGCAGGAUAGAAACUAAUCUGGGUGUUUCGGAAGAAGCAAGAUUUGCGGAUGAAGAGAAGUCCAGGUCUUCUGGAAUGAGAUUCGGGUACUUACACAAGUGCUUAGGGCUUAAUGAUGAUGAAAUUGAUCGUUUACGCAACGAAAACACUCAAAACUUAUUGUUGAACUAUAAGAAACUUCAUUUGGUACUUGAUCUAGACCACACCCUGCUCAAUUCAACUUUCCUAGAUAAUAUGUCACCAGAUGAAGAAUAUUUGAAGACUCAAACCCAAUAUGAUCAUUCCCUGCAACAUGUUCACAUUGUGGAUACUCCCAGCAUGCGACUGAUGACAAAGUUCAGACCAUAUAUUAGGACCUUUUUAAUGGAAGCCAGUCAAAUGUUUGAGCUGUCCAUAUACACAAUGGGUAAUCGAGACUAUGCUCUUGAAAUGGCUAAGCUGCUUGAUCCUGGAAAUCAAAUCUUUGGUGGUAGAGUCAUAUCACGUAGUGAUAGCACAGAAACAGAUCGAAAGGGUCUAGAUGUCCUGCUUGCCCGAGAUUCUGCUGUUUUAAUCCUUGAUGAUACAAAAGAUGUGUGGACAAAUAUCAACCAGGACAAUGUAAUAGUAAUGCCCAGAUACCAUUUUUUUAAAUCUAGUUGUCAACAAUAUAGCAUCAGUAAUAGUAAGCCUUAUUCCGAGUUGAAGACCGACGAAUGUGAUCGGUAUGGAGGAGCUUAUCUUGCAAAUGUACUUCAACUUCUUAGACAUAUCCACACCAUCUUCUUUAAUGAAGUCGAGAUAGAGGGGUGGGAUCUUAUCGACAGAGAUGUGAGGCUCGUCUUAAAAAUCCUUCAGAAGGAAGUCUUGAAGGGUUGUAAAAUUGUUUUCAGCCAUGUAUUCCAUUCAAAUGUCAAGGCUGAUACUCAACCUUUGUGGAAGAUGGCGGAGCAGUUGGGAGCUACUUGUUCGACACAAGUUGAUCCAUCAGUCACACACGUGGUUGCAGCAGAUGCUCGAACACAGAAAUCUUGUUGGGCAGUAAAAGCAGGCAAAUUUUUGGUGAAUCCACAGUGGAUCCAUACUGCAAAUUUUAUGUGGCAAAAGCAACCUGAAGAAAAUUUCCCCUGCCAUUACCAACAUUAA